UCUGCGGGCAGAGGGAGAAGAUGGCGGCGCUGGGGGAACCUGUACGGCUGGAGAGGGAUAUUUGUAGAGCAAUUGAAUUGUUGGAAAAACUGCAAAGAAGUGGAGAGGUACCACCACAGAAACUUCAGGCUUUACAAAGAGUUCUUCAAAGUGAAUUCUGCAAUGCUGUAAGAGAGGUGUAUGAGCAUGUCUAUGAGACUGUGGACAUUAGUAGCAGUCCUGAAGUGAGAGCAAAUGCAACUGCAAAGGCUACUGUUGCUGCAUUUGCUGCCAGUGAAGGACAUUCUCAUCCUCGAGUUGUUGAGUUACCCAAAACCGAAGAAGGCCUUGGAUUCAACAUUAUGGGAGGCAAAGAACAAAACUCUCCAAUCUAUAUAUCUCGAAUAAUUCCAGGUGGAAUUGCUGAUAGACAUGGGGGCCUCAAGAGAGGAGAUCAGCUCCUUUCUGUUAAUGGCGUGAGUGUUGAAGGAGAACAUCAUGAAAAAGCUGUAGAACUACUGAAAGCAGCACAAGGAAAGGUUAAAUUAGUUGUGCGGUAUACACCCAAGGUCUUAGAAGAAAUGGAGUCGCGCUUUGAAAAAAUGAGAUCAGCAAAACGCAGACAACAGACCUAAUGCAGCUCAAAACUUUCUAUUCCAUUUUGCUUUUCACUAGAGGGGUUUUAUUUGUGACCUACUGAUGGCCGCAAUGCCAAUGAUUGUAAAAAAGAAAAAACAAACUUCCCGUGAAAUCUUCCUUGCCAUUUUAUAAAUGCCUAUUUUAACAUCACUUACGGUUCCAGAGAUGCAUAUACUUUUUUCUGACAAGAAAAAGUAAAAGGUGAUGAGGGCAAUUCUGUCCUGCUGUUUUUACAGGCCUUUUUCAAAUGCAGAUUUUGUCAUAAAGUUGUUAUAGAUUUUUAAAAAUGCUUUUUUAAUAUUAAAAUGUACUUUUACAUUCUUAAUCUUUUUUUAGGAAAAAAGUUUGCUUUCUUUGGCUACUUAUUUGAGAAUAACAGUUCUCCAGUUCUUUCUUUGUUUACUCUAUUUUUUUUUAGCCUAUAAAAUUUCAUCAUGGUUUUCCAGGAAAUUAAGCAUACAGUCUCGGCUACAGCAGUUCAUUACACUAUCAUUGUUAACAUCUCUGCUGCAUUUUGUAAUUUGAACACACAUAUAUAAUCAGUGGUAAGUCAUAACUCAGCACAGUGGAGGUUUUUUACUUUAAACAUAAUGAAUAUUCAUUUAUACUGAUUUGUAAAAGCUAGUUUUUAAACACUGAAACAACAUUGCUGAAAUACAGAUUCUUUCAUAAUUGAGCAAUGAGACAAGUAGAUGUAAUUUUGAUUGUUAGCAUUACUGAUUAUAUCUCUAUUUGUAUUCAACAAUAUAGCUCAUAAGUAAUGUAAAAAUAAGUUCAGGUUAUAUCUUUUGCAAAUUUUUUUAGUGCUCUCCAUCUUUACCUAAGUAUAUUUCUUACAUUUUGGUCAUUCCAUUCUUAGUGAGGAGCCAGUUAGUUUGUUGGUGGGAAAAAGCGAAGCAAAGUAGUGAAAAUAAUACUUUUAAUCCCACUAGCCUCAAGAGUUUUACACUUAGACUAGCUCAGUAAUAAAGGAUUGAUUUUUAAAUAGGAAGGAGAUUGGGUAUAUUUAGGAUAUAUAGGAAUUAUGACUUGAUGUGUUUGUAAGAAUAUGAAGACUAUAAAAAUGAGUCAAGACUCAUUCAUAUUAAAAUAGUUGGACUUAAAGAUGUGUUUAAAAAUGAUUUAAAUGUGAUGGGAACUUAGAGAGGUACCUUCAUUUGUCCACUGGAUGUCACUAUUUUACUGAAAGGCAGCUAUUAGUGUAUUACUGACUGAAGUCUUAAAAACAAGAGUUAAGGUUCGUUUUCAAGGAUAUUUGUAUGGUUUUUAAGUGACGUUAAAAUGAAGAUAAUGGAUUGAAAUAUGUAAGGAAUUUAGCAUCGUUAUUGACCCUAUAUUAAAAAAGGGCAUAUUGUAACAUUCCUUCAGGAAGAACAGAAAUGUAUACUUUUUUCUGCAUGUUUGUGAAAAGCACUGUGAGUGUUAAAAGAUUAUUCCAGUUUUCAAUGAUUUUCAGAAUAUAAGUCAAUCAGCAUUGUUAUUUAUCAUUUAGGUAUUGAACACUGGAUUGCAUGGUUGAAUGUGUCUUUAGUCCACUACAAAAAUGUGCUUCUUGUUGACAGGAUCAUGUUAAAUUGUGUAUUUUCAAAAUGUUGAGACCAAAGUAGCAUAGAAAAAUUAUGGAUUUAUUUUAAUUUAAUUGUAAAAUUAUUAGAGGUAUUUGUUGUAGAGCUUUAUAUAUUAAAGAGAGGUAUUGGUGCAUAUAAAAACAGUAAUAUUGUUAUGCUUGUAUUCUUGCAUUACUGGGUAAGUAAACCCUGGAGAAAUCUUAUUUUAGUAUAGCUACAGCUGCAGUAGCUUUUAAGGGCGUGUCAACAUUUCAUUAUAAAUUAUAGCUUCCUGGUUCAGUAUCUCAGCUGUUUCAGAACUUUCAGCCAAGUUAAAUCUUUUUUGGUGUUGAAACUUAGUAAGUUGAGUAAGCUAUUUUUUUUUCUUCUACAGUAAUCCACAAUCUGUUCUUUGUGUGGGUUGGCACUUAUUUAUAAUUCUUAAAAUAAGGAUAGCUUAAAGGAGCCAAAUACAGUAGUUUUGCUUGCUACUGUUGAGCAUGAGUAGCAGUAGUUUGUUUUCAUUAAUGCAGUUUUCACAGUGUAUCCUAGAAUUUUAAAGCCUGGCCAUAAAAAAGUUCAGUCAUUCAGUGACAGAGAUGUGCAGUAGUGAUUAGUACAGUGAGGAAUGAGGGAAAACUUUUGUCUUAACGAAUAAAUGUAUGACUCUUGAACAUAGGAACAUAGUAAGUAUUUAACAGGUGUUUGAUUUGUAAAUUAUAAUUGUAUAUUGCUCCCCACCCAUUCCAUUUAUUUUCUUGGUAUGGAAAAAUGAGUUGACUCAGUGGUUCUCAGCCUUAACUGUAUACUAGAACACCCUACAGAACUUUCUUCCUGUGUUCCAUUCCACACCAGCUAAAUCAGAAUCUCUAAAGGUGAGGUCAAAUGCUUUUUUUUUUUUUCCUUUAAGCUUUUAAGGUGGUUCUAAAGAACAUGUAGGGUUGAGAAUCACUAGUUUCCCCUUUUAUAAAAUGUUCUAAUUACACUGGACUAUGUUUGAAAUAUCAAAAUAGGAUAUUCAGUUUACAGCUAUUACUAAAUAACACCAAAUAUAAUGAUUAUAUUUUAAAUAAUUUUUUUAAGGAAUAAAAGAUAUUUGGCAUUCCUUAUUUAGGAAAUGAUUACGAUCUCCCUUUUUUCUAUUUUUUUAAAUAAAACCUGCCAGUAGUUUUAAAGACAAGCCUUUAAGGCCUGUCAUCUUUCUGCCCUCUUUGCCUUUUAAGCUUACAAAAUUGAAUGUUUUAUUAGAGAAAGCAUGUUUAAAAAUUGCAGAUGAGAAAUAUUGUCAUUGAUGAUUAUGUGCAGUCUUACUAUGGCCACUUUAUCCAUUAGAAUAAUACUAGAUUAUACUGGCCUAAUUCUUUGGAUUUCAUAACUCAGAUGAUUUUUUUAAAAAUUGUCUUCCUCUUCUAAAUUUUUAAGUUACUUUGCUCAAGUACUUAAGUGGUUUGGCUCAAGUACUUCGUUUACAAUUUAAAUAGAUAUAACAUUUAAUAGAAGAAAUGGUUAUGGCUUAUCUGAAAAGAAUGUCAGCAUGUCUUGGUGGUGUAAUUUAAAACAUGUUGUGAAAUAUUUUAUAAUGUGGAAUGAUCAUUGAACUAUCAAGAACUCUAAUCAUUGUAUUUCCUGAAUAAAUGUAUGUUUCUGAAGUUUCUAACUUA